CCGCCGGGCCGGGGGAUGCUCGCGGCGCCCUGGAGCCAUGGUCCGCUUCGGGGACGAGCUGGGCAGCCGCUAUGGGGGCGCCGGUGGGGAGCGGGCUCGGGGCGGCGGGGCCGGCGGGGCGGGCGGCCCGGGCCCGGGGGGCCUGCAGCCCGGCCAGCGGGUCCUCUACAAGCAGUCGAUCGCGCAGCGCGCGCGGACCAUGGCGCUGUACAACCCCAUCCCGGUCAAGCAAAACUGCUUCACCGUCAACCGCUCGCUCUUCGUCUUCAGCGAGGACAACGUCGUCCGCAAAUACGCCAAGCGCAUCACCGAGUGGCCUCCGUUUGAGUACAUGAUCCUGGCCACAAUCAUCGCCAACUGCAUCGUGCUGGCACUGGAGCAGCACCUCCCUGACGGGGACAAGACGCCCAUGUCCGAGCGGCUGGACGACACAGAGCCCUAUUUCAUUGGCAUCUUCUGCUUUGAGGCGGGGAUCAAGAUCAUAGCCCUGGGCUUUGUCUUCCACAAGGGCUCCUACCUGCGGAACGGCUGGAACGUCAUGGACUUCGUGGUGGUUCUCACAGGGAUCCUGGCCACGGCUGGCACUGACUUUGACCUGCGGACCCUGCGGGCUGUGCGCGUGCUCAGGCCCCUGAAGUUGGUGUCUGGGAUUCCGAGUUUGCAGGUGGUGCUCAAGUCCAUCAUGAAGGCCAUGGUUCCACUCCUGCAGAUCGGGUUGCUUCUCUUCUUCGCCAUCCUUAUGUUUGCGAUCAUCGGCCUCGAGUUCUACAUGGGCAAAUUCCACAAGGCCUGUUUCCCCAACAGCACAGAUCCAGAUCCAGUGGGUGACUUUCCCUGUGGCAAAGAGGCCCCAGCCCGGCUGUGUGAGGAUGACACUGAAUGUCGGGAGUACUGGCCAGGGCCCAACUUCGGCAUCACCAACUUUGACAAUAUCCUGUUUGCCAUCUUGACGGUAUUCCAGUGCAUCACCAUGGAGGGCUGGACUGACAUCCUCUACAACACAAAUGAUGCAGCUGGUAACACCUGGAACUGGCUCUACUUCAUCCCUCUCAUCAUCAUUGGCUCCUUCUUCAUGCUCAACCUGGUGCUGGGCGUGCUUUCAGGAGAGUUUGCCAAGGAGCGUGAGAGGGUCGAGAACCGCCGGGCCUUCCUGAAGCUUCGCCGGCAGCAGCAGAUCGAGCGGGAGCUCAAUGGGUACUUGGAGUGGAUCUUCAAGGCCGAGGAAGUCAUGCUGGCUGAGGAAGACAAGAAUGCGGAGGAGAAGUCCCCUCUGGAUGCAGUGUUGAAGAGAGCAGCCACCAAGAAGAGUCGGAAUGACCUGAUCCACGCUGAGGAGGGGGAGGACCGGUUUGCAGACCUCUGUGCCGUGGGAUCCCCCUUCGCCCGUGCCAGCCUCAAGAGCGGAAAGACGGAGAGCUCGUCAUACUUCCGUAGGAAGGAGAAGAUGUUCCGGUUCUUCAUCCGGCGCAUGGUGAAGGCGCAGAGCUUCUACUGGGCGGUGCUGUGUGUGGUGGCCCUGAACACGCUGUGCGUGGCCAUGGUGCAUUACAACCAGCCGCAGCGGCUCACCACGGCGCUGUACUUUGCAGAGUUUGUUUUCCUGGGUCUCUUCCUCACAGAGAUGUCCCUGAAGAUGUAUGGCCUGGGGCCCAGAAGCUACUUCCGGUCCUCAUUCAACUGCUUCGACUUUGGGGUCAUUGUGGGGAGCAUCUUUGAAGUGGUCUGGGCUGCCAUCAAGCCAGGAACCUCCUUCGGGAUCAGUGUGCUGCGGGCACUCCGGUUGCUGAGGAUCUUCAAAGUCACAAAGUACUGGAGCUCCCUGCGGAACCUGGUGGUGUCCCUGCUCAACUCCAUGAAGUCCAUCAUCAGCCUCCUCUUCCUGCUGUUCCUGUUCAUCGUGGUCUUCGCUCUGCUGGGCAUGCAGCUGUUCGGGGGACAGUUCAACUUUAAAGAUGAGACCCCGACAACGAACUUUGACACUUUCCCCGCGGCCAUUCUCACUGUCUUCCAGAUCCUAACAGGAGAGGAUUGGAAUGCAGUGAUGUAUCACGGGAUCGAAUCGCAAGGUGGAGUCAGCAAAGGCAUGUUCUCCUCCUUUUACUUCAUUGUCCUGACGCUGUUUGGAAAUUACACUCUGCUGAAUGUCUUCCUGGCCAUCGCCGUGGACAACCUCGCCAAUGCUCAGGAGCUGACCAAGGACGAAGAGGAAAUGGAAGAAGCAGCCAAUCAGAAGCUUGCUCUGCAAAAGGCCAAAGAAGUGGCUGAAGUCAGUCCCAUGUCUGCCGCCAACAUCUCCGUUGCUGCUGCUUUUGUAAAGCACACUCGAGGUGCUGCAUCUCGCAGCUCAUCUGUCUCCAGCGUAAACUCACCCAGGCCGCAGAACUCGGCCAAGGCGCGCUCGGUGUGGGAGCAGCGCGCCAGCCAGCUGCGGCUGCAGAACCUGAGGGCCAGCUGCGAGGCGCUGUACAGCGAGAUGGACCCCGAGGAGAGGCUGCGCUACGCCACCACACGCCACCUGCGGCCUGACAUGAAGACGCACCUGGACCGGCCGCUCGUGGUGGAGCUAGGGCGCGACGGGCCGCGGGUCCCCGCGGGAGGCAAGGCCCGGCCCGAGGGCCCGGAGGCUGCCGAGGGCGCGGACCCGCCGCGCAGGCACCACCGGCACCGCGACAAGGCUGCGGCGCCGGCCCCGGCGGCAGCGGGGGAGCAGGACAGGGUGGACGCGCCGAAGGCCGAGGGCGGGGAGCCCGGGCCCCGGGAAGAGCGGACGAGGCCGCACCGCAGCCGCAGCAAGGAGACCCGCAGCGAGCGUGGCCGCGGCCCGGGCCCCGAGGGCGGCCGGCGCCACCACCGGCGCGGCUCCCCAGAGGAGGCGGCCGAGCGGGAGCCGCGGCGCCACCGCGCCCACCGGCACGCACCCGACCAGGGCAAGGAAAGCGGCGCGGCCGGGGCCAAGGGCGAGCGGCGAGCGCGCCACCGCGGCGGCCCCCGGGCCGGCCCCAGGGAGGCCGGGAGCGGGGAGGAGCCGGCGCGGCGGCACCGGGCCCGGCACAAGGCGCUGCCCACGCACGAAGAUGUGGAGAAGGAGGCGGCGGAGAAGGAGGGCGAGGUCGAGGACCGGGACAAGGAGAAGGAGCUCCGGAACCACCAGCCCAAGGAGGCACACUGUGACCUGGAGGCCAGUGGGAUAAUGGGUGUGGGCCCUGUGCAUGCCUUGCCCAGCACUUGUCUACAGAAGGUGGAGGAACAGCCAGAGGAUGCAGAUAAUCAGCGGAAUGUCACACGGAUGGGCAGUCAACCCUCGGACCUGAGUGCUACUGUGCAUAUCCCAGUGACGCUGACCGGCCCUCCUGGGGAGACCACAACUGUUCCCAGUGGUAAUGUGGACCUGGAAGGCCAAGCUGAGGGGAAGAAGGAGGUGGAAGCUGAUGAUGUGAUGAGGAGUGGCCCGCGACCCAUCGUCCCAUACAGCUCCAUGUUUUGUUUAAGCCCCACCAACCUGCUCCGCCGCUUCUGCCAUUACAUCGUGACCAUGCGGUACUUUGAGAUGGUCAUUCUCGUGGUCAUCGCCCUGAGCAGCAUUGCCCUGGCUGCUGAGGAUCCAGUGCGGACAGACUCGCCCAGGAACAACGCUCUGAAGUACAUGGACUACAUUUUCACAGGCGUCUUCACCUUUGAGAUGGUGAUCAAGAUGAUUGAUUUGGGACUGCUCCUGCACCCUGGGGCCUACUUCCGGGACCUAUGGAAUAUUCUGGACUUCAUCGUGGUCAGUGGGGCCCUGGUGGCAUUUGCCUUCUCGAGCUUCAUGGGAGGAUCCAAAGGGAAAGACAUCAAUACCAUCAAGUCCCUGAGAGUCUUGCGUGUCCUGCGGCCCCUCAAGACCAUAAAACGGCUGCCUAAGCUCAAGGCCGUGUUUGACUGUGUGGUGAACUCGCUGAAGAAUGUCCUCAACAUCCUGGUCGUCUACAUGCUCUUCAUGUUCAUAUUUGCUGUCAUUGCGGUGCAGCUCUUCAAAGGGAAGUUUUUCUACUGCACGGAUGAGUCUAAGGGGCUGGAGAGGGACUGCCGGGGUCAGUAUUUGGAUUAUGAGAAGGAGGAGGUGGAAGCUCAGCCCCGGCAGUGGAAGAAAUACGACUUUCACUACGACAAUGUGCUCUGGGCUCUGCUGACACUGUUCACAGUGUCCACAGGAGAAGGGUGGCCCAUGGUCCUGAAACAUUCUGUGGAUGCCACCUAUGAGGAGCAGGGCCCAAGCCCUGGGUACCGCAUGGAGCUGUCCAUCUUCUACGUGGUCUACUUCGUGGUCUUCCCCUUCUUCUUUGUCAACAUCUUUGUGGCCUUGAUCAUCAUCACCUUCCAGGAGCAGGGGGACAAGGUGAUGUCUGAAUGCAGCCUGGAGAAGAACGAGAGGGCUUGCAUCGACUUCGCCAUCAGCGCCAAGCCCCUGACACGGUACAUGCCCCAGGACAAGCAGUCAUUCCAGUACAAGACAUGGACAUUUGUGGUCUCGCCUCCCUUCGAGUACUUCAUCAUGGCCAUGAUCGCCCUCAACACAGUGGUGCUAAUGAUGAAGUUCUAUGACGCACCAUAUGAAUAUGAGCUAAUGUUGAAAUGCCUGAACAUUGUGUUCACAUCCAUGUUCUCCAUGGAAUGCGUGCUGAAGAUCAUCGCUUUUGGGGUGCUGAACUAUUUCAGAGAUGCCUGGAAUGUCUUUGACUUUGUCACUGUGUUGGGAAGUAUUACUGAUAUUUUAGUAACAGAGAUUGCGGAAACGAACAAUUUCAUCAACCUCAGCUUUCUCCGCCUCUUCCGUGCUGCCCGGCUCAUCAAGCUGCUGCGCCAAGGCUACACCAUCCGCAUCCUGCUGUGGACCUUCGUCCAGUCCUUCAAGGCCCUGCCCUACGUGUGUCUGCUCAUCGCCAUGCUGUUCUUCAUCUACGCCAUCAUCGGCAUGCAGGUUUUUGGAAAUAUUGCCCUGGAUGAUGACACCAGCAUCAACCGGCACAACAACUUCAGGACGUUUUUGCAAGCCUUGAUGCUGUUGUUCAGGAGUGCCACUGGGGAGGCCUGGCAUGAGAUCAUGCUGUCUUGUCUCAGCAACCAGGCCUGUGAUGAGCACGCCAAUGCCAGUGAGUGUGGGAGCGACUUUGCCUACUUCUACUUCGUCUCCUUCAUCUUCCUUUGCUCCUUUCUGAUGUUGAACCUCUUUGUGGCCGUGAUCAUGGACAAUUUUGAGUACCUUACACGGGACUCUUCCAUCCUAGGGCCUCACCACCUGGACGAGUUCAUCCGGGUCUGGGCUGAGUACGACCCGGCCGCGUGCGGGCGCAUCAGUUACAAUGACAUGUUUGAGAUGCUGAAACACAUGUCCCCACCCCUGGGGCUGGGGAAGAAAUGCCCUGCUCGAGUUGCAUACAAGCGCCUGGUUCGCAUGAACAUGCCCAUCUCCAAUGAGGACAUGACCGUCCACUUCACGUCCACGCUGAUGGCCCUCAUUCGGACUGCACUGGAGAUCAAGCUGGCUCCAGCCGGCACCAAGCAGCAUCAGUGUGAUGCAGAGUUGAGGAAGGAGAUUUCCUCUGUGUGGGCCAAUCUGCCCCAGAAGACCCUGGAUUUACUGGUGCCACCCCAUAAACCCGAUGAGAUGACCGUAGGAAAGGUGUACGCAGCUCUGAUGAUAUUUGACUUCUACAAACAGAACAAGACCACCAGAGACCAGAUUCACCAGGCCACGGGAGGCCUGUCCCAGAUGGGCCCUGUGUCCCUGUUCCACCCUCUGAAGGCCACGCUGGAGCAGACACAGCCAGCUGUGCUCCGAGGAGCCCGGGUUUUCCUUCGGCAGAAGAGCUCUGCGUCCCUCAGCAACGGCGGGGCCGUACAAACCCAGGAGAGUGGCAUCAAGGAGUCUGUUUCCUGGGGUACUCAGAGGACCCAGGAGGUACCCUAUGAGGCAAGGACACCCCUGGAGCGUGGCCACUCUACAGAGAUCCCAGUGGUGCAGCCAGGAAAACCGGCUGUGGACGUCCAGAUGCAGAGCAUGGCCCUGAGAGGUCCUGACGGGGAGCCCCAGCCCGGACUGGAGAGCCAGGGACGCGCGGCCUCCAUGCCUCGCCUGGCUGCAGAGACUCAGCCGGGCCCCAACGCCAGCCCCAUGAAGCGCUCCAUCUCCACACUGGCGCCCCAGCGUCCCCACGUGGCUCAUCUCUGCAGCGCUGCCCUGGACCGUGCCCCAGCCAGCCAGGCUGCGCCCCAUCACCACCACCGCUGCCAUCGCCGCAGGGAGAGGAAGCAGAAGUCCUUGGAGAAGGGGCCCAGCCUGUCCGCAGACACAGAUGGCGCACCCAGCAGUGCGGCAGGGCCAGGCCCACCCCCGGGAGAGGGGCCCACAGGCUGCCGGAGGGAGCGCAGACAGGAGCGGGGCCGGUCCCAAGAGCGGAGGCAACCCUCUUCCUCUUCCUCGGAGAAGCAGCGUUUCUACUCCUGUGACCGCUUUGGGGGCCGGGAGCCCUCGCAGCCCAAACCCUCCCUCAGCAGCCACCCCACGUCACCAACAGCUGGGCAGGAGCCAGGACCCCGGAGACCGGGUGGUGGUUCAGUGAAUGGGAGCCCCUUGUUGUCAACAUCCGGUGCUAGCACCCCUGGCCGUGGUGGGCGGAGGCAGCUCCCCCAGACUCCGCUGACCCCCCGUCCCAGUGUCACCUACAAGACGGCCAACUCUUCGCCUGUCCACUUUGCUGGGGCACAGACCAGCCUCCCCACCUUUUCCCCAGGCCGGCUUAGCCGUGGCCUUUCCGAACACAAUGCUCUGCUCCAGAGAGACCCCCUCAGCCAGCCCCUGGCCGCCGGCUCUAGGAUCGGCUCUGACCCUUACUUGGGGCAGCGUCUGGACAGUGAGGACACUGCCCGCACCCAGCCCGAGGACACGCUUACCUUCGAGGAGGCUGUGGCCACCAACUCAGGCCGCUCCUCCCGGACUUCCUAUGUGUCCUCCCUGACCUCCCAGUCGCACCCCCUCCGCCGCGUGCCCAACGGCUACCACUGCACUCUGGGGCUCAGCUCGGGCGGCCGGGUUCAGCAUAGCUACCACCACCCCGACCAAGACCACUGGUGCUAGCCGCACCUCCGCUUCACGCCUGCUCAGUG